CACAUUCCUUGAGAAAUCUAUCCUGCUGAGCUAAUCUCAUAUUCGACUCCUAGGAACAACAGGGCACACUCAUCGAUCCUUACAACUCCGGAACCUUUGUCUCCUUUGCUUCUACGACCGGAUCAUCCACAUCAUUUGUUUAUCACUUUGCUUUGUUUAUUUAUUUGUGGUUACUUAUAAUUGCUCGCUGUCAACUCAAAUCCAAGGAAAGCCCUCUGUUUUCCCUUAAUAUCACUGCCACAGAAAAGACCUUCUUGUGGUUGAACUGGUUCCUACUUCUUUCACUUCUGUGAGCUUUGAACUUGUGGUUGUUUUCUUUCUCUGGAGACCAGACCUACAUUUUAUAGACCAAAGCGAAAGGGUUUAAACCAAAGCAUCAAUACCGUUGAUUCCAACAGUUUACUCUGUCCCUCCAGUCGAUCAAUCUCAAGUCCUUCUGCAUACCGGUUUUCUUCCAACACGGGAAUCUAACGAUGGAGAGAGCUAACAUUCGCUACACCAACACAAAUGAGAACUCUGACGCUUUGAAGCACAAGGUUUCCAGGGUCUCUCAAAACCAGCCCAUACAGACUACAAGAUCAGCUUUAUCUGAUGUGUCUACAAGCCAUAAUGCUCUGAGAGCAAGACCUGGCCUGGAUAAACCGGCACAAAGAGUCCAAGUUUACAAGGAGACUGAUGAAAACGAUGUACCAAAACCUGUGUCUAAAUACGAAGCACCUGAUCAUAACAGACAGCCUUUGGCUGAGAUUCAGACCAGGCAGACACCAUACGCUGCCGAGAACUCAUAUAUCGAGGAAAGCAGUUUUGUCGAAGAAGAGGAUGAAGAAGAAGAGGCAGAGGCUAUGCCUCAACCUAUGAUGCCAAUUUUGAACGAGAGAAUCCACCGCGAGCUUUAUGAGGUGCACCGUCUCUUUUAUAGCGAUCAGCUGGACCCUACUGACGAAGAUACCUUUGACGUUUCUAUGGUUGCAGAAUAUGCACCAGAGAUCUUUAAUUAUUUUCACAAGUUGGAAAUGAAACUAAGGCCUCAUCCUUCCUACAUGGAGUUUCAAACAGAAUUGAAAUGGGACAUGAGAGGUAUAUUGAUUGAUUGGCUUGUUCAGGUUCAUUCGAGAUUCAACCUUUUACCAGAGACUUUGUUUCUCACCGUCAACUACAUUGAUCGCUUUCUCAGUAAGAGGAAGGUGUCUUUAAACAGAUUUCAGCUUGUUGGAGCAGUUGCACUCUUCAUCGCUGCCAAAUAUGAAGAAAUAAACUGCCCAGGAGUUCAAGAAAUCGCAUAUAUGGUUGACCACGCAUACUCUGUGGAUGAUAUUUUAAGAGCAGAGAGAUUCAUGAUUGAUGUUUUAGAAUUUGAAAUGGGUUGGCCAGGACCUAUGUCAUUCUUGCGUCGUACUAGCAAAGCUGAUGAUUAUGACUUUGAAACAAGGACUUUGGCCAAGUACUUUUUGGAGAUUACCAUCAUGGAUUAUAGAUUUGUCGCUUCACCUCCCAGCUGGUUGGCUGCGGGAGCACAUUUUUUGAGUCGAUUAUUACUGAACCGUGGUGAAUGGACACCAGCACAUGUUUACUAUUCUGGCUAUACUGCUGAGCAGUUGAGACCACUUGCCACUGCCCUUUUGGAGUCAUGUCGCAAGCCAGAAGAUCACCAUAAGGCUAUAUUUGAGAAAUACCAAGAACGUCGUUACCGUCGUUCGUCGUUGUUUGUUCAAGAGUGGUUCAAACUGGCAGAGGCAGAAGAUUGAGGGAUUGUGUAGGUUGUGUGUGGCACUCAUGAGAUCUUACGGGUAUUUCACUUCAUUGUUUCGGUUUUCAUCCGUCUCACUCGAUCAAUGAUAAACCAAUAGCUGUUGACAAAAAAGAAAGUCUGUAUAUGUUCAAAAUGCAUAUUCACUGACAUCGAGAAGAAAAGGGAAACAACAACAAAAAGAAACACUAUUCAGGUAAUUGUACAAUAGUUUGAGUUGUAUUUAAUAAAAUCAUUGUUAAUUCAAUCUGGU